GCGGACAGACAAACUCUCCGGAGUCAGAGACCCAGACACUGGCAUGACCACUCUGUACAACAAAUAAAUGUUUUGUACAUGUGGCACAUGCUCACACAAUAAUGUCCCUAUUUUGCAUUUCAGAACUGCCAAAGAUUUUAACCUGAUGAGGGAUAUGAAGAUGAAAAUGAACUCAAGAAGUAUUUUUUUUAUCUCAGGAACUCAUGCCAAGGGACCACCCCUACUUCAGCGGUGCUGUGUUGGCAGAGAGUAUAAGAUAGAUCCCUGCCUGUACAGUCCUUACUUCUCCCUGGGGGCCUGCAUGGAGGGCCUCAACAUGCUGUUUAGUCAGCUGCUGGGGGUCUCCUUCCAGAAUGAACAGCCCAUGGCAGGGGAGGCGUGGAGCGAAGACCUCCGCAAGAUGGUGAGAGAACAGUCUGUCUGUCUGUAUGACACUCAACACCAAUGUCUGGGGGUCCCUUUGAGUGAAUCAGCAGAAAAUUGCUGCAUGUCCGUUGGUUCACAGGCUGUUGUCCCUGAGGCAGAAGGUCUUCAGGGAUACAUCUACUGUGACUUCUUCCGAAGGCCUGACAAACCACACCAGGACUGCCACUUCACCAUCCGAUGGGAGUGUCUGAAGGAGGAUGGGGAGUACCAACACCCUGUGGUUGUCCUGAUGCUGACGGGAUUUCUCUUCUGUCAUUUUUGCAUGGUUUUUUUUAUGCUGUUUUGGAUCAAGUGUGUCAUGGCAAGCCAAAAAAUCGGUCAACGACAGACAUUCUAAAAGAGUUGCAAGACAAAUUCUAUGGACUACCUUACAUUCCAAAUACUGUACGUGCAUAGAUAUCUGAGAGUGAGUCUCAUUAUGGAAACUGUGGAUGAUAUAGUGAUCUGUGAAUGUCAGAUCAACUAUUCUCUCCCUGAUAUAAACCACCCGCUCUGUACCCCUGCCCUGCUAGUGUGUGUGAGAGAGUUAUUAUCCAGAGAGGAACAUAAAACAUAGAAUAGAAAAACCCAGAGACCUCUAGAGGCUAUUUCACAGUUGUAAUCACAGUUGUGGGGGGAAAUGCCCAUAAGAAUGAUUGUGCUCCCUGAAAUGGCUGAAAAACACAGCUAACCAAUCUCUACUCCAAGAGACAAUUUUCUUGUCCAUUCCAUCUGUUUUGUUAUUAAAUAGCAGAGCUCAAAUCUUCCUUGGGGUAUAUUUAAGAUAAAAGUACUUUCCCAAAUGCGAAAAGACAUAUAAUAGCGAAACUCAAAAAUUAUUUAGGUUGGACUACAAAAUAAUACUGCUCUUCUGACAAUGUACAGUAACAGUCAAACGUUUGGACACAUCUACUCAUUCAAGGGUUUUUAUUUACAGUUCAAGUCGGAAGUUUGCAUACACCUUAGCCAAAUACAUUCAAACUCAGUUUUUCACAAUUCCUGACAUUUAAUCCUAGUAAACAUUCCUUGUUUUAGGUCAGUUGGGAUCACCACUUUAUUUUAAGAAUGUGAAAUGUCAGAAUAAUAGUAGAGAGAAUGAUUUAUUUCAGCUUUUAUUUCUUUCAUCACAUUCCCAGUGGAUCAGAAGUUUACAUACACACAAUUAGUAUUUGGUAGCAUUGCCUUUAAAUUGUUUAACUUGGGUCAAACUUUUAGGGUAGCCUUCCACAAGCUUCCCACAAUAAGUUGGGUGAAUGUUGGCCCAUUCCUCCUGACAGAGCUUGUGUAACUGAGUCAGGUUUCUAGGCUUCCUUGCUCGCACACACUUUUUCAGUUCUGCCCACACAUUUUCUAUAGGAUUCAGGUCAGGGCUUUGUGAUGGCCUCUCCAAUACCUUGACUUUGGUGUCCUUAAGCCAUUUUGCCACAACUUUGGAAGUAUGCUUGGGGUCAUUGUCCAUUUGGAAGAUCCAUUUGCGACCAAGCUUCCACUUCCUGAAUGAUGUCUUGAGAUGUUGCUUCAAAAUACCCACAUCAUUUUCCUGCCUCAUGAUGCCAUCUAUUUUGUGACGUUCCAGCAGCAAAGCACCCUCACAACAUGAUGCUGCCACCCCCGUGCUUCACGGUUGGGAUGGUGUUCUUCCUGUUCUUGCAAGCCUCCCCCCUUUCCCUCUAAACAUAACGAUUAUCAUUAUGGCCAAACAGUUCUAUUUUUGUUUCAUCAGACCAGAGGACAUUUCUCCAAAAAGUACAAUCUUUGUCCCCAUGUGCAGAUGCAAUCCGUAGUCUGGAUUUUUUUAUGGCGGUUUUGGAGCAGUUGCUUCUUCCUUGCUGAGCGGCCUUCGGGUUAUGUCGAUAUAGGACUCGUUUUACUGUGGAUAUAGAUACUUUGUACCUGUUUCCUCCAGCAUCUUCACAAAGUCCUUUGCUGUUGUUCUGGGAUUUAUUUGCACUUUUCACACCAAAGUAUGUUAAUUCCUGAGCGGUAUGACAGCUGUGUGGUCCCAUGACGUUUAUACUUGCGUACUAUUGUUUGUACAGACUAUUGUUAGUACCUUCAGGUAUUUGGAAAUUGCUCCCAAGGAUGAACCAGACUUGUGGAGGUCUACAAUUUUUCUGAGGUCUUGGCUGAUAUCUUUUGAUUUUCCCGUGAUGUCAAGCAAAGAGGUCAGGUGAUUUAAACUGAGUUUAAAGGUAGGCCUUGAAAUAGAUCCACAGGUACACCUUCAAUUGACUCAAAUGAUGUCAAUUAGCCUAAACUUCUGACCCACUGGAAUUGUGAUACACUGAAGUAUAAGUGAAAUAAUCUGUCUGUAAACAAUUGUUGGAAAAAUUACUUGUGUCAUGCAGAAGUUGAUGUCAUUACCGACUUGCUUCCGACUUCAACUGUAUUUGUACUAUUUUCUGCAGUGUAGAAUAAUAGGGACAACAUCAAAACUUUGAAAUAACACUAUGAUGAAACUGGCUCUCAUGAGUACCAGCACAGUAAAGGAAGACCCAGAGUUACCUCUGCUGCAGAGGAUAAGUUCAUCAGAGUUACCAGCCUCAGAUUGCAGCCCAAAUAAAUGCUUCACAGAGUUCAAGUAACAGACACAUCUUAACAUAAACUGUUCAGAGGAGUCUGCGUGAAUCAGGCCUUCAUGGUCGAAAUGCUACGAAGAAACCACUACUAAAGGACACCAAUAAGAAGAGACUUGCUUGGGCCAAGAAACACGAGCAAUGGACAUUAGAACGGUGGAAAUCUGUCCUUUGGUCUGAUUUUUGGUUCCAACCGCCAUGUCUUUGUGAGAUGCACAGUAGGUGAACAGAUGAUGUCUGCAUGUGUGGUUCCCACCGUGACGCAUGGAGGAGGAGGUGUGAUGGUGUUGGGGUGCUUUGCUUGCAACACUGUCGGUGAUUCAUUUAGAAUUCAAGGCACACUUAACCAACAUGGCUACCACAGCUUUCUGCAGCGAUACGCCAUCCCAUUUGGUUUGAGCUUUUCAACAGGACAAUGACCCAACACACCUCCAGGCUGUGUAAGGGCUAUUUGACCAAGAAGGAGAGUGAUGGAGUGUUGCAUCAGAUGACCUGGCCUCCACAAUCACCCGACCUCAACCCAAUGGAGAUGGUUUGGGAUGAGUAAUACCAAAGAGUGAAGGAAAAGCAGCCAACAGGUGCUCAACAUAUUUGGUAACUCCUUCAAGACUGUUGGAAUAGCAUUCCAUGAAGCUGAUUGAGAGAAUGCCAAGAGUGUGUGCAAAGCUGUCAUCAAGGCAAAGAGUGGCUACUUUGAAGAAUCUCAAAUAUAACAUAUAUUUUGAUUUGUUUAAGACUUUUUUGGUUACUACAUGAUUGUGUUAUUUUAAUAGUUUUGAUGUCUUCACUAUUAUUCUACAAUGUAGAAAAUGGGAAAAAUAAAGAAAAGCCCUUUUGACUGGUACAGUUGGAAAAUGUAGUGUUUAAUUUCAGGUUUAUUUAAGUUUAUAGAGUUUUCAUAUCUGUGCCUGGUCCACACAGGCAAAAUCACAGAUCGUUGCAGUGACCAUAUGGAAUCACUUUCACCCCGGUCUUUGUUUGGAACCGUGACAUUCAGCCAGCCUUUUGGUAGGUCCUUACCUGUCAUUGACUGUGAGAAGCAAAAGGGAGGGUUCCCACUGGGUUUGGCUUAUAACAAGGAGUUAGAAAUAACUAUCCAGAGAAAGAAUUCACAAAAAUCAUUCCCCAAGAGAUGAUAAGCACUGCAUGUCUCAUUUACACUGCAUCCGGAAAGUAUUCACGCCCCUUUUUCCACAUUUCGUUACGUUACAGCCUUAUUCUAAAAUUGAUGAAAUAGUUUUUUCCCCCUCAUCAAUAUACACACGAUACCUCAUAAUGACAAAGAAAAAACAGGUUUUUAGAUUUUUGUUGCACAUUUAUAAACAAACAACAACUGAAAUAUCGCAUUUACAUAAGUAUUGUUGGGUUCUGAGAAUAUGAAAAUAUACUUAUUCAUGUCACUGAUGGAGUGCCAAGGUUGAGGGUCUACACCAGAAGUUAAGGGUUAUAGGAGGACGGUAUAUAGUGGGUGCAACUAAGCUUGGAAUGUGUUGAGUGCAGGGAAGCGAGUACAUGUGGCAGGCAUUGAUAAGGGGAGACGGGUGGAGAUCUUAGAACCUAACAUUGUCACUGAGGGAGAGAGUGUAAUGUAUAAUGUUUACAUUAUGUCAGGAUAUGUUAUUGUUAGCCAUCAGGUAUACUCUGGGAGGAGAAGAGACACAGUCUGCUAUCAAUAACUAUGACUGCCUUGACUUGGGGAGGAGUGAGCACUUUGGGGUAGAGAUCAGGUUAGAUGAAGUGAGGAAGAACAGAUAUCACUAAGAUUCUGUCUAGCAACAGAGAUGCAUUGUGGAGGAGGAGACUCAGCCUAGGAGAAAGGGUUAAAUAUUAGUGCUUGUGUGAAAAGUUUUUGUUGUCUGAAUUACAGCUGUAUCGACCAUUUGGGAAGAAUUAAACUUGGUUAUGCUUC